AUGUCAGGCGGCGAGACGAAGAAACGGAAGAAGGUGGUUGUCGGGGGAAGUUCUGGCAAUGCCAAACUCUUUGUGGAUAAAGAUGCUAAUAAGAGGUAUGAUACAUUUAUUGUUAAACGUCCUCUGUUAAUUGAGCAUGGUGUUUACCUUGAUGAGUUAGUAGGCAAUGUGGAUUGCCCUGAAAUAUUUAGGGCUCAGAAAUGGGAACUUCUGUUUGAUGUGAAUAUAGAAGAUAAAACAUAUGUUGAACUGGUUAAGUAUUUUUAUGUAAAUGUUCAUGACUACAAGGAGAAUGAGCUAACAUUUAAGACAAUGGUUAAGAAGAUAUCCAUCACUGUUUUGCCUGAUCUUAUUUCAAAUAUAUUAAAAAUUGAUAGACCAGACAUUCCUGAGAUUCCAUUAUCUUUCCAUAUUCAAGCAAGGAGCAUGCUCCCAAAAUGGCAAGGGUUAUUCGACGUAUUUGUAUUGGGAGUGUCCCUUGAGAGAAUGAAAAUUGCAAAAUUGCUCACAUUUACCUUACUCCAACGUAUAGGAUGA